AUGGAUUCCGGGAAACUUAAUUUGACAUCUUUGAAAGAUAAGAUAUCAAGCAAGUUGCAAAACAAACCCAAAGAGAAGUCUAAAAAGACAAAAUCCAAGUCGAAAAAGGAAGAAAGUGCCCCAAAAAGUGAAUCAGAAGAUGACAUUUUACGUCGUGAAGCAUUGGCCUUAGGUGCCACUGAAGAAGACUUGGCUUUGCUCAAAGGAGUUAAAGAAGGUGACGAUAGUGAAGAAGAAUUCAACGACGAAGGUACUACUGAUGAUAAAAGUUUUAAUUCUGAUCUUGCCAAAUUCAUGCAAGGUAUUGGUCUUGGUAACGGAGAUGUUGAAGUUGUUGAAGAAGAAGAAGAAAUCCCUGAUUUGGUUGAAGAAAAAGAAGAUGACGCUGUUGUUGAAGAAAAAGAAGUUGAAAGUUCUGAAGACGACGAGCAAGAAGAUAAAUCUUCCGAAGAAGAAGAUAAGUCAUCUGAAGAAGAAGAAUCUGAUGAAGAUGAUCAAGUGGAAGAAGCUGAAUUGAAUAAGAAGGAAAUCAAGAAACCAGAUUCAAAUAAAGUUACUAACUUAGCAUCUGUCGAUAGCGCAAAAUUAUCAAUUCCUGGUCGUACGGAUUGGUAUAACGUUGAAUACGAUCCAGUACAAGAACCGGAAAAAUUGGAUAGAUUUGGGGUUGAAAGGUUAUUUGAUAGAGCUAAAGAAAUUGUUGAAAAAGAAAAUAAGACUUACUUAACCGAAUUCACUUCAAACAACAGUCAAAAGAAGUUUUUAUCUCAAAUUUUAAGUGAUGGUACUUUAAAUGAUAAAAUUUCUGCUUUAACUUUAUUAAUUCAAGAAGCUCCUUUACAUAAUUUAAAGGCUCUAGAUACUUUAUUGGGAUUUUGUGAAAAAAAAUCAAGAACUGCUGCAUUACAAGCAAUCAAUGCAUUAAAAGAUUUAUUAUUAAAUGGAGUAUUACCAGAUCGUAAAUUAUUAACUUUCAACAAACAAGCUUUAAGAAAAGAUUUAACAAACACUCAUUUGGCUCUUUAUUAUUUUGAAGAUUAUUUGAAAAAAGCCUAUUUCAAAUUAAUUAGUAUUUUAGAAGUUUUAAGUCAUGAUCCAGUUUUACACGUUAGAAUGAAUGUUUUAAAUCAUUUAUUUGACUUAAUCAAAGCAAAGCCUGAACAAGAAGUUAACUUAUUAAGAUUAGGUGUUAACAAAUUAGGUGACAUUGAUAAUAAAGUUGCAUCAAAGGCAUCAUAUCUUAUUUUACAAUUAGAACAAGCUCAUCCAGCAAUGAAAAAAGUUAUUGUUGAUGCAGUUAUAGAUAUUGUUUUCCAAACAAAGAGUGAUUAUCAUGCCAAAUAUUAUUCAAUUUUAGCAUUGAAUCAAACCAUUCUAACUAGAAGUGAAGAAGAUUUAGCAAACAGUUUAAUCAAGACUUAUUUUGCUCUUUUCGAAAAAACUUUAGUUGAAAGUGACUCUUUCAACAAAGAAGAUAAGACCAAUAAUAAGGAAUUAGGAAAAUCUGAAAAGGGUCGUAAAAACAAUCGUAAGAAUGCUAAAAAGGGUAAGAAAGGUGGUAUUUCAGUAAAACCUCAAGAAAAAAGUGAAAAUGAAAUAAUUGAUGAAAAAAAUUCAAGAUUAUUCUCUGCUUUAUUAACUGGUCUUAAUCGUGCAUUCCCAUUCUCUAAUUUAUCAAAUGAUAUUUAUCAAAAACAUUUGGAUACUUUGUUCAAAAUUACUCAUUCAACCAAUUUUAAUACUUCGAUUCAAUCUUUAGUUUUGAUUAAUCAUAUUAUUACUGAACAAAAAUUAAAUAACGAUCGUUAUUAUCGUACGUUAUAUGAAUCCUUAUUAGAUCCUAGAUUAGUUAAUUCUUCAAAACAAGGUAUUUAUCUUAACUUAUUAUUCAAAUCAUUGAAGAAUGAUGUUGCCAAUAUUCCAAGAGUUUUAGCAUUUGUUAAAAGAAUUUUACAAAUAUGUUGUCAUUGGUUAAACGUUGGUGCUAUUGCCGGUAUGUUAUACUUAUUAAUGGAAUUAAGUAAAACCUAUCCCCAAAUUCAAGAAUUAAUGGUUGAACCAAUGGCUAGACCAGAUAUAAUUGAAGGUAACGUUGAGAAGAAAGAAAGUGAAGGUGAAUAUGAUUCACGUAAACGUGAUCCAAGUUUUGCUAAUGCAGAUAAUUCAUCAUUAUGGGAGUUAGGUCAAUUUUUAAGUCAUUACCAUCCAACUGUAUCAAUUUAUGCAUCAUCAUUUUUAGAAGGUAAAUCUCAACCAAAACCUGAUUUAGGGUUGUUUAGUUUAUCUCACUUUUUGGAUAGAUUUGUGUAUAAAAAUUCCAAACAAGCACCAGCAACUAAAGGUCAAAGUAUCAUGCAACCAUUAGGAGGUGCCCAUACCGGAUCUUUAUUAGUUAAGGCUACCAAUGUUUUGAAUAAAGACGUACCAGUCAACACUGAAAAUUGGCUCACCAAGAAGGUUGAAGAAGUUAAACCAGAUGAACAAUUUUUCUUCCAAUAUUUCACUACCAAGAGUGAUAAAAUAAGGAAUAAGAAUGCUCAAAAGAAAGCUAAAGACGAAGACGAAGACGAAGACGAAGAAGGAGAAGGUAUGGAUGACGAUGAAGUUUGGCAAGCAUUGGUCAAAUCUAGACCAGAAGUUGAAGAUGACGGAGAAGAAGAUGACGAUUUAGAAAUGUCUGACUUUGAUGAGGAAGACUUUUCCGAUUUGAGUGACGAUGAAGAAAAUGACAAAGAACAAGAAGAACAAGCUGGUGAAGACGAAGACGAAGCUGGCGAAGAUGAGGGUGACUUUGAUGAAGAAGAAGCCAGCAUGUUUGCUGCAAAAGACGAAGAUGAAUAUGACAGUGACGAAAUGCCGGGAAUGAUCGGAGAUGAAGCUGACUUUGUUCAAAAUCAACAAGAAGAAGAAUCAGAUCAAGACGCUGAAGAAGUUUCUACAAAGUCUAAAAAACGUUCUAGAAAACAAACUGAAGACACUAAAUCCAAACCGAAAUCUAAGAAGGCCAAAUUAAAGAGCUUACCGGUUUUUGCAUCCACCGAAGACUAUGCUCAAUACUUGGAUUCCGAAGACGAAGAUUAUACUUAA